CCUGCGGGAGGGCGGGGCCGGGCGCUCAGGCAGGCGGGCCGGCCGGUGGUGCGAGCGUCCGGGGCCCGCGCUCCGCCGCCGGCCGGCCGGCCAUGCUCAUCACGCUGUGCUACCUGUACCUGUGGGCGCGCUGGGGGCGCCGGCCGGCCGCACUCGUGCGCACCACGGUGCAGCGGCUGCGCGCCUCGCGCUGCUCCUUCACCUUCUGCGGCGCCGCCGCGCAGCCCCGGGACGCCCGCGUGUGCCUGAGCCGUGGCGGCCGCGUCUUCUGCGUCGGCGAGAGCCAGUGCAUUGAUGACUUGAACAAAUGGGCCCUGUUUCUGGUUUCUCCUUUUAUACUUGAAGCAGAGCACAUAGCAUUUGUGACAGAGAGCAUUUGGGUGCAAGGCGAGAAUUUACAGAGACCACCAUCCUCUUCAGACACCAUUGUAAAGUGGUCGGACUGUUGUUUGCCAUUAGCUUGCAGACCUGGGGAUCCUUAUCAGUUAAUCGCCAGAGCAAGUGUGGAUGACUUCAGCAAGCUGGGGGUGGCGUUCCUGGAAGAUAGACUCCAGAUGGCUAAUGGGCUGAUACCCCAAAAGAUCGUCUCGGUGCACUUGCAGGAAUCCGCUCUUAAGGAACUUAAGGAUCAGGCCUCAGACGCUCAAGCCCGGACCCUACAGCCCAACGGGGAGUCUCCGGUUGAGAGUAAGCCUGAGCCAGACGCUAUGGAGCACGUGGGCAGAAGUGACUCACAGGUACUUGGAUCUGCACCCACACAGGGGAAAGGCAGUGCCCCUGGAGGUGAGCCUGCUGGGGAGAGCGACAGAGAAGUGGGCUCUGUUGAGCACUGUCACCUCCAUCUGUCCAGCUGCCACGAGUGUUUGGAGCUGGAGAACAGCACCAUCGAAUCCGUCAAGUUUGCCUCUGCAGAGAACAUUCCAGAUCUUCCCUACGAUUAUAGCAGUGGUUUGGAGGGGAUCGCUGAUGACUUCAGCCUUGAGAGAGAAGGGAGGAGAGUCAACAUCACAGGAAAGGCACCCAACAUCCUUCUCUAUGUGGGCUCCGACUCCCAGGACGCCCAGGGCAGGCUCCAGCUGGUCCGGUCGGCCCUGGCUGACUGCGUGGACACCGACUGUUACACUCUCUACCACCUGUCCCCGGAAAGUGCGCUCAGGGACCCAUGGUCGGACAACUGUCUGUUGCUGGUCAUUGCCACCAGGGAGCCAGUCCCCGAGGACCUGUCCCGGAAGUUCAUGGCCUAUCUUUCUCAGGGAGGGAAGGUGCUGGGUCUGUCUUCAUCCUUCACACUUGCCGGCUUCCGAGUGAUGAGCAAGGCCCCGCUGCAGGACACAGUGCAGAGCCUGGUGUUCUGCAAGGCCGACCAGAGCCGGGUGAAGCUCAGCGUCCUGAGCAGCGGUGGUGUUUACGAGGGGGGCCCUGACCAGCUGCUCAGCCUGGGCAAGCUCCAGGGCCACCUGGACAGCGAGGAUGAGGACAGGCUGAUUGUGCAAGUGCCUUUUGGAACACGUGGAGGAGAAGCUGUGCUUUGCCAGGUGCACUUGGAGCUACCCCCCAGCUCUCCAAUAGUGCAAACUCAAGAGGAUUUUGAUCUGCUCAAAUCGAACAAUAGCAGAAGAUAUGAGGUCCUUAAGGAGAUCCUGACGACGCUGGGCCUAAGCUGUGACUUAAAACAAGUUCCUGCCUUAACACCUAUUUACUUACUGUCAGUGGCUGAGGAAAUCCGGGCUCCUCUUAUGCAGUGGCUGGGGAAACAUGUGGAUCCUGAUGGAGUAAUAAAAUCUAGCAAGCUCUCCCUUAAGUUUGUUUCAUCCUAUACAUCUGAAAUAGAAGUCACCCCAUCUGCCAUACCUGUGGUGACGGACAUGGAGGCCUUCUCAUCAGAAAACUUUGACUUCGAGAUCUACCGACAAAAUUUGCAGACAAAGAAACUUGGGAAAACAGUUCUGUUUGCCGAAGUGACACCUACCACGAUGAGUCUUCUGGAUGGGUUGAUGUUUGAGAUGCCGCAGGAAAUGGGUUUAAUAGCCAUCGCAGCCCGCCAGACACAGGGCAAAGGGCGGGGAAGAAAUGUGUGGCUGAGCCCCAAGGGAUGUGCUCUUUCUACCCUGCUUGUCUCCAUCCCACUGAGAUCCCAUCUGGGACAGAGGAUUCCGUUUGUCCAGCAUCUGAUGUCCCUGGCUGUUGUGGAGGCGGUCAGGUCCAUUCCUGAGUACCAGGAUAUCAACUUACGAGUGAAAUGGCCCAACGAUAUUUAUUACAGUGACCUCAUGAAGCUUGGUGGAGUUCUGGUUAACUCAACACUUAUGGGAGAAACAUUUUAUAUACUUAUUGGCUGUGGAUUUAACGUGACUAAUAGUAACCCUACCAUAUGCAUCAACGAUCUCAUCACAGAAUACAAUAAGCAACACAGGGCAGGACUGAAGCCCCUCAGAGCUGAUUAUCUGAUCGCCAGAACUGUGACCGUGCUGGAGAAACUGAUGGACACGUUUCAGGAUGAAGGGCCCAAUGGCAUUCUGCCUCUGUAUUAUAAAUACUGGGUCCACAGUGCUCAGCAAGUCAGUCUGGGAAGCCCGGAGGGACCAAAGGUGUGGAUAGUCGGCCUCGAUGAUUCCGGGUUCCUUCUGGUUCACCAGGAAAACGGCAAGGUGAUGACUGUGCAUCCUGACGGCAACUCCUUCGACAUGCUGAGAAACCUCAUCGUCCCCAAACAGCAGUAGUCCCCGCGCCUGCGCCAAGGCCUGGGGCCUCCCCGGGCCGCUGCUGAGAGGGGCUGGGGCUGACACGUGUGCAGAACCACCACAGAAACAUUCCCGUUUGAUUUCUGCCACCUUUCCUAGCCCGUGGAUCUGGAAAACUAAUGCAGAGUUGUAGGCGAUUUUUCUCUCCCUCUGAUUAAUCAGUUAAUUCUUUAAUUUUGUUCUGUCGCCAUUUUAUUUGGUGUUUGAAGAUGUUUGGGUGGAGGGUUGACAAGUGAAGGUUUAGUUUAGGGAAAAGCCCUGCCGUAGGUGUGACAUAGUUCCCCCCCUCUUGGACUUGGAUGUAUGUUCAUUGCCCCCCCCCGCCCCCAAAAAAAGUUUUUACAUGGAAACAGCAAUGGCAAUGGGAUAAUUCAAAUGUUUUCCCAGUAGUGGAGAUCUUUACCCCUAAACUGUGAAAAACAAAUUAAAAAAAAAAAAAGCUUUCGGGCCAGAGUUUGAGGUAUGAUAACACUGUUUACGAGCAUCCAGGGAGGCAUUUUCCUACAGGAGCACAGACUGGCACUUAGUCAUCAUUUUAUUUUAUUUUUUGUUAAUGAAGAAAAGAGCAGGUUGACCUCUAAGAGCUGUUCUUAGCUCGGUGGCUUGUGGCCCAACAACAGUCUGAGUGGCUCCAGAGACGCACAGAGUUGAGGAGGAUGCAAGGACCUUGCAGAAGAAAUCAGUUCAUUACCUUGACGUUAAUUAAUGAGCUUGCCUUUCAUAAGUUUUAAGUUUACUGGGUAUUCUGAAGUGAUGGGAUCAAGUUCAAGAUCCUUAAAGCGUUGAUUAGGCACUUGCUUGGAUGUGACGGGGGAUGAUUUGGCUCUAACAGCUGGAGAUGACGUCUGGCUCUCAUACUGCACGCAAAGGAGGAUUUGGAGCUUUUAAGCCAGCUUCAGGCUUGCUUUGAAAUGCAGAGCAUUCCUGCAGGCCUGUGCAGGGCACAGAACAUAGAAGUACAUGGCAUUUUUAUUUGUAAGUCAUUUUCUUUUUUGCCCCCUUUUUCUUAUAUUGCCAAAAAAGAAAAUGUUAUUGAUACUGAAUACCAUCAGUUAAGAGGACAGAUGUGUGUGUUUGUGUGUGUGUGUGAAGCUUUAAAAGAAGAUGUUCAAAAUCUGAUGCCCUAAGAGUCUCUGUGGAAGAACAAAAGAAAGGAAGCCUUUUGAUAUACAUGUGCUGCUUCCAGAUGUAGUCCAUGCUUUCUCCAUGUAACUCCUCUCUCUGUUGAACUUGAGAAUCGUACACGUAGCUUUUCAGCCUAAAAAGGCCAAUUUCUGUCCUCUUGUCUCUCUUCAUGCCCCCAAAUGAAAUUAGUGGAAAGAAAACUCGAAGAGGCUCUCAGCUUUGAACAGAAUCCCCUUAGUGCACACCAGCACCCUCUGUCCAGCUUUCCCCAGUCAGGCUAACUCCAGAAACGUGUGGUUUUCAGUAUAAAAAUCUGUCUACCUUUAGCCAGGCACAGGCAGCCCCAUAGGAAGGAAAAAAAUAACAUGUUUAGUUAAGUACACCAACCCAAUAUGUGUGUUUUGGAAAUGUAACUUUAAAAGAACUUCAGAAGCAAUUUUUGCAAAUAAGGCUUCAAUUAGAAUUAUUCUUAAAAAAAAACCACGCUCUCCUAAAUGCCCACGUCUAAAUGUAAGUUUAAGUAAAAGUCUGUAUCACCCCAAAAUUGCAAAAUGGACUCACCCUGGAGAGGGCAUCUGCAAAAUAUCAUCCGGAAGAAAGAUCUCAGGCUAAUGUUGCAAGUUUCAUUUCUUAAACUUUGUAAUAUAAGGCAAGUCAUCUCUCAGAGCGGCCGUCAUUACUUUUUGAAUUUCUUUGGGGGGUUAUUUAAUGAAAAACAUGCUCUCAUUUGUUUUAAGCUGAAGUCCUAUUCUAGACAGCCUGCUUUGGGGGGGGAAGUGUUAUCAUUUAAUUUCCUUUUGGUAAAUUAAAACUAAUGAAGUGUGGCCAUGUCAAAGCAGACGGAGAUGCUCCGGGCGUAUCGCUUCGCCUCUGUGUUUUUAAGACCGUUCUUACUUGUGCCCACACCCAGUUGUCUUGAGGGAGACAAAGUAGACUUGGAGCAGAUGCUGCAUUUUUCAUAAACCUGAUUUUGCCUCAAAUGAACCAAAGACUUUGGAAAUUCUGCUUCGUAUAGAACAGCUGAAUAAAGGCAUUUUACUUAUAUUUUUAGCAUUAGGGAAACGUAUCUACUUGCUACACUGCACUCAUCAAUUUGAGGUGUUUAUGAACCUGGCAAUCUACGAUCUCAAAGAGCUUUGAAGUCUUAAUGGAAACGUUGCAUUUUCUUCUUAAUCUUUACAACACAGCACCUAAACUCAGGAUUGGUGUGUGCUUUUGGGAUAUUUGUAUUGUGCCCCAGUUCAGAGGCUGUGCACUGAGCAACCAUCAGGUUAAGUUAAAAGGCAAGACACCUUCCCGUCUGGGCUGGUCACAAAUUUCAGGGGAACUCUUGAGAAGUGCCCCCUAAAAUAGGACACAGCAAUAGCUGGGCUUCCAGUGCCCCCCCAACCCCCCCAGCACUGGUCAUACUGGUCAUCCUAGCAGCAUUUACAGUGUAGGAGCAAAGUCAGAAGGAUUUGUGUCUGGUGGGGUUUGCUGCUGUGGCACACUGCCUGCCGGAUGUGGGAGCAAGUGGCCCAGGAGGGGUGGGAGCACAGGCCCAGACUGAGAUUGCAUGCAGCUUCCCACCCUCACCCCCCACCCCAUACACACACGGGAGCACUAUGUGGUCACCCCUCACCCUAGGGUCCUGGAACCGGGAGAGAAGCCAGCCUCACCCAGCAGUUGCAGUAUGCAUAAGGGAGACGUUUUAGGCUCCCAUUCUGUAGAUGUGUUUGCUCUUCACUGGCAAAGAAUGGAUAAUUGUUAUUCCUGGGUAAUUACUAUGCAUAUUUGAAAUAAAAGAGUGUUAAACCUUUGCAUUUUUAGCUUUUCAAAGUAUCAUCUCUGAAAAGUAAUGACUUUAAACCUACGCCUAUAAAAAGCAAGUCUACCAAAAUAAAGUUUAAGACUUUCUAUAUA